AUGAAAAAAGUCAGUUUUGAGAAUGGUGUUAUGGUGAAUGGAAGUGCGGAGUGGAAAUUUCAACAGCGUUUCCGACAGACCUUUCCCAAGGUUUUCAGCGACCAGCUCGGCUUGUGCAGUAAAACCAAAGUGAAGUUGGAGCUGAAAGAAAGCGUCCGACCCGUCUUCUGCCCGAAGCGUCCGGUGGCGUACGCAAUGUACGAUGCCGUCGACCAGGAGCUCGACCGACUGGAGAAACUCGACAUCAUCACUCCGGUCGACUAUUCCGAGUGGGCAGCUCCCAUCGUCGUAGUCCGCAAAGCCAACGGGUCGAUCCGAAUUUGCGGAGACUACUCCACGGGUUUGAGCGCCGCUCUCCAACCAAACCAAUAUCCGCUUCCACUUCCGGACGACAUCUUCGCCAAGCUUUCCGGCUGCACGGUCUUCAGCCAAAUCGAUUUGUCCGACGCCUUCUUGCAAGUGGAAGUCGACGAACAGCACCGCAAGUUGCUCACGAUCAACACGCACCGUGGCCUCUACUCCUACAACCGCCUCCCGCCGGGUGUGAAAGUUGCACCUGAUGCCUUCCAGCAGCUUAUCGACACCAUGCUAGCCGGCCUGGAGUGUACUUCCGGCUAUCUCGAUGACGUCAUCAUCGGCGGUAAGACAGAGGAAGAGCACGAUCGCAACCUGCGGGCCGCCUUGAAGCGAAUCCAAGAGUUCGGCUUCACCAUUCGAGAGGACAAGUGCACGUUUCGGAAGCAGCAAGUGCAGUACGUCGGGCUUGUCGUGGACAGUCGCGGGCUCCGUCCGGAUCCAGCUAAAAUCGAGGCGAUCACCAAGCUUCCGCCUCCCACCGACGUUUCCGGAGUACGGUCCUUCCUGGGGGCCAUCAACUAUUACGGCAAGUUCGUCCCCAACAUGCGCAAGCUACGAUACCCGCUCGACAAUCUCCUCAAGGCAGACGCGAAGUUCAAGUGGACUCCGGAGUGCCAGCAAGCGUUCGAGCAGUUCAAGCGAAUCCUCUCCUCGGACCUUCUCCUCACGCACUACGAUCCGAAGCGGGAGAUCAUCGUUUCCGCCGACGCUUCUUCCGUUGGACUAGGGGCAACGAUCAGCCACAAGUUCCCCGACGGCACCGUCAAGGUCGUCCAACACGCAUCUCGAGCACUCACGAAAGCAGAGCAAGGCUACAGUCAGCCCGACCGUGAAGGUUUGGCCAUCGUGUUCGUCGUUACGAAGUUCCAUAAGAUGCUCUUCGGCCGGCAUUUCCGGCUCCAAACCGACCAUCAGCCUCUGCUCCGGAUCUUCGGGUCCAAGAAAGGUAUACCAGUCUACACUGCCAACCGCCUUCAACGCUUCGCCCUCCAUCUGCUGCUGUACGACUUCGACAUCGAGUACGUGCCCACCCACAAGUUCGGCAACGCAGACCUGCUCUCCCGGUUGAUCAACCAGCACGUGAAGCCCGACGAGGACUACGUUAUCGCUAGCGUCAACCUAGAUGAAGAUCUCAGGUCAGUUCUUUCUAGUUCCCGUAAAAUGUUGCCUCUCCAUUUCAGAGCCGUCGCGCAAAGCACCCAAGCAGACCCACUGCUCCGCCAAGUCUACCACUACGUCCGAAACGGUUGGCCCCAGUCAAAACUGGCCGGGCCCGAUCUCCAACGGUUCCAAUCCAGGCAGGAAUCGCUCUCCGUGGUAGAUGGGUGUCUCAUGUUUGCGGAACGGCUCGUCAUCCCGUCGCUGCAUCGUAAGCGCUGCUUGGAACAGUUCCAUCACGGCCAUCCCGGAAUGCAGCGAAUGAAGGCCCUCGCUCGAAGCUACGCCUACUGGCCCAGCAUGGACACCGACAUCACCGACUUCGUCCGAGCAUGCCAGCAGUGUGCGUCCGUAGCUAGAUCGCCUCCUCACUCUCCACCGAUGCCGUGGCCCAAACCGACCGCUCCGUGGCAACGCGUCCACGUCGACUACGCCGGUCCGAUCGAAGGCGAGUACUACCUCCUCGCAGUCGACUCGUUCUCCAAAUGGCCGGAGAUCGUCCAGACCGUCCGUAUCACCUCAGCGGUGACAGUUUCCAUUCUUCGUGGGUUGUUCGCUCGACUGGGUAUGCCCGCAACGUUGGUCAGCGACAACGGUACCCAAUUCACCAGCGUUGAAUUCGCCGAGUUCUGCACCUCCAACGGCAUCGAACAUCUCACGACGGCCCCGUUCCAUCCGCAAUCGAACGGUCAAGCGGAACGUUUCGUGGACACCUUCAAGCGGGCCGUGAAGAAAAUUCGAGAGGGGAGAGGAUCGAUGCAAGAGGCACUGGAUACCUUCCUCCUGACGUACCGAAGCACGCCCAACCGGGCUCUUCCAGACCAGAAGUCGCCAUCCGAGGUCGUGUUCGGGCGCAAAAUCCGCACGUGCCUCGAGCUUCUGCGUCCUCCGCCGGUACGGACACCGGUGCCCACAUCGAACGACAGCAAGCAACCGAGAUCCUUCCACCGAGACGACCCCGUUUACGCCAAACUCCACGUUCGUAACGAUUGGAAGUGGGUUCCCGGUAAAAUCAUCGAGAAGAUUGGAGACGUGAUGUACAACGUGUGGGUCGAGAACCGCCGAAUGUUGCGCUCGCACAUCAACCAGCUCCGGAGUCGUAUGGCCACUGACACGACGUCGAAGCAAUCCGCUGGUCAGGUCACCUCUCGCCAGCAUUCGCUACCACUCGACAUCCUGUUGGGUGCCUGGAACUUGCCAAGCCAUUCGCCAAGCACACCGACGUCAGCCGCACCACCGAUCGCGCCAAGAUCUGUGUCUGUCUCCAGUCCCGAUCCUACCCUGAUAGGUUCCGAGCCGGCUUGUGCCUCGUCUACGCCACGGCACGAGCUCCCGGCGGUCCCGGCAACGUCUUUGUCAUCGUCAACGUCAACAUCGACCGAUUUCGAGUCCGCUAUCGAAGUGGAACCAAUGGUAGAGCUACCUAGGCCUUCUUCACGUACCCGAAGGCCGCCAGUCAGGUUCGACCCCUACCAGCUCUAUUAA